AUGGCGAGAGAACAAUAUAGUGUGGUCGUCGAAAUGGACGAUACCCCUGUUAUAAGAGAAGAGCUCGAGUUUCAAAGAAAAAUCACACAAGACAAACAACAAUCCUCUAAUAAUUCUGGGUUUAAUGAUACAUCAUUUUUCGAAACACGUACACCCCAAAAUGCGCCGCAAGGUGGACAUCCAUUAUGGUCAAUUGAAUAUUACGCUCAAUACUUUGAUGUAGAUACGGAACAAGUCCUUACACGAGCGGCAAAAAGUGUUCUUCCUAAAGAAAAUUUUGUUGAUGUAGUUGGAUCAAAUCCAGACUUAUAUGGUCCUUUUUGGAUAUCCACAACCCUAAUAUUCCUCCUCUUUGUAACGUCUUCCAUCGCGGGAUCAAUCGAAGCUAUUAAAAAUGGAGAGAAUCCUAAUUAUGAUUUCAAAAUUCUCUCUUUUGGUGUCGUUGCUAUUUAUAGUUAUGCUUUUGGUGUAUCUCUAUUUGUUUGGGGUGCAUUGAAGUAUUUCGGAUGUCGUCCUUCAUUAUUGGAUACUGUAGGAUUAUAUGGCUACGGAUUGACUAUCUGGCUUCCAAUUUCAGUCAUAUGUAUCGUUCCAUUUGAUUUGGUACGAUGGAUACUUGUUCUUGUUGGAUUUGCAAUUUCUGCAUUCUUUAUAACAAAGAAUCUUUAUCCUGUUAUAUCACGUGCAGAGGCAAAAACCUCUCGUCUAUUCUUAAUUCUUGUAUUAAUAGCCCAUGCUGCAUUUGCAAUUUUGCUUAAAUUGGAAUUCUUCUCAUACUAA